AUGACGCACAUACCCACGUGUUACACAGUCACGGACAUCCCCACACGUGCACCUCCUAAGCCCGACAUCACACAACACACAGUCACACACGACACCAUCACGCACAUGCCCACAUGCGCAGACCCCGUCACGGACAUACCCACAUGUGAUGAUCCGAAGCCCGACAUCACACAACACACAGUCACAAGCCACACCGUCACGGACACACCCACAUGUGACACCGUCACGCACAUACCCAUAUUGAACGACCCAGGCACAAACACACCCACAUGUGCUGAUGCUAAGCCCGAAAUCACAGACAUACCCAAACACGACACACCCCACAUGCGAAACAGUCACAGACACACCCACAUGUGCUGA